AACGAAGCAAGCUGUCAUUCUGCAAGAACAGACCCAACAACCAGCACCGUUGCUCUUCUCAAAGAACAAAAAAAAUAAAAAAUCCAGAAAACCAGGACCACACUCAUGUCUCCUGAGAGCUGCAGCCUUCAGUAUGUUAAAUUACUUUCAUCAUGUAUUUUCAGAUGCUUAUUGAUUUUGCAGUGGGAAGACUGAACGAGGGACCGCAGCAGCCUGGAAGCAGCAGUACAUGCCCUGUAUGUUAGCACUAUGCUGAAACAAUGGCUCAGCACACGAACAUCCUUUCAUUAAGGUCAUUUUCUGGAGAGAUAUGUAGCACCUGGCUUCAUGUGCACUCGGCUUACAAGUAAGCAAGAUGAAGCAACCGAGACUGCAAACGAUUCACAAAGGAUCUCUCAUCUUUGGCAGAGUACUCAUGUCACCUAAUUCAAAAGGAUGUGCUUCACUUCCAUGCUGGGAACCAACAUGCAGUCUGAGGCCAAUAUAACAGUUCGCGAUGAGAUUAAUGACGUCCGUGCCAACAUGUACAGACCGCUGUCAUACCCGCUUAGCUUCCAGAUCUCUCUCAUUUGCUUCCUUAUGCUGGAAAUUGUUCUGGGCCUUGGAAGCAACCUCACUGUUCUGGUUUUAUACAGCAUGAAAUCCAACCUUAUCAACUCAGUCAGCAACAUUGUUACUAUGAAUCUCCAUGUGCUAGAUGUAAUAAUAUGUGUAGGAUGUAUUCCACUGACUAUUGUAAUCCUACUGCUGCCCCUGGAGAACAACAGUGCAUUGAUCUGCUGCUUCCAUGAAGCUUGUGUGUCUUUUGCAAGUGUUUCUACAGCUGUCAAUGUAUUUGCUAUUACUCUGGAUCGUUACGACAUCUCUGUAAAACCUGCUAAUCGAAUUCUAACCAUGGGCCGUGCAGUUAUAUUGAUGACAUCAACAUGGGUAGUUUCCUUUCUUUCAUUUUUGAUUCCUUUUAUUGAAGUUAGCUUUUUCAGCGUUCAAAGUGAGAAUACUUGGGAAAACAAAACACUUUUGUGUGUUAGCACAAAUGAAUAUUAUACAGAACUUGGGAUGUAUUAUCACCUAUUAGUGCAGAUUCCCAUUUUCUUUUUCACAAUAGUUGUGAUGUUAAUCACAUACAGCAAAAUACUUCAAGCGCUCAACAUUCGCAUAGGCACAAGGUUUACAACCGGACAAAAGAAGAAGGUACGGAAGAAAAAACCAAUUUCUCUGGCUACGCAACACGAGACAACGGAUGUCUCACAAAGCAGUGGAGGCAGAAAUGUGGUGUUCGGAGUAAGGACUUCUGUAUCUGUGAUUAUUGCCCUGCGUCGAGCGGUGAAAAGGCACAGAGAGAGGCGUGAAAGGCAAAAAAGAGUCUUCAGAAUGUCAUUAUUAAUUAUUUCAACCUUCCUAUUUUGUUGGACGCCUAUUUCUUUAUUGAAUACAACAAUUUUAUGUCUUGGCCCAAGUGACCUUUUGGUAAAACUCAGAUUGUGCUUUUUAGUCAUGGCCUAUGGAACUACCAUCUUCCACCCUCUGCUGUACGCAUUCACAAGGCAGAAAUUCCAAAAGGUUUUAAAAAGCAAAAUGAAAAAAAGGGUUGUUUCAAUUGUGGAAGCUGAUCCUAUGCCAAAUAAUGCAGUAAUACAUAAUUCAUGGAUAGAACCCAAGAGAAGUAAACAAUUAACAAUUGAUGACAAUGAAGCUAGACAGAAAUGUUUAGCACCUCAGGCUGUCACUGACUAGUUUAAAGUUCCUGUUUUCUUAUCCAAGCAAAGACAGGUAUGAAUCUAAAAUUCAUACCAUGUGCAAAUGAAUGAUUUUUAAAUUAUUUUUACAUUGAUAAUGACAUUUAGUUUCAAUGCGUUGUACACGAUCUUUAAGUCAUUGGGCAUGGCAGUCUGUUCAUGUACUGUAUAUAUACUGCCAAUUUUUUUGUUCACAGACAUUUGUGUUUUGUUUUUAAAAAUAAAAUAAAAUUAUAAAGCAAAUAUAUC